UUCUUCGUUGCUGCUCUAUUACUUAACGGAACCGUCUUGAACGUCACGGCUUAUCACGUUCCGUCAAACCACCCCGUCUCUCUUACGUUCGGCGUCCUCACCUAACGUCGUCUCCGUUGGCGUUCGUGUUCCACCGCAACCCCAAACCCUAACCCUAACGUCUCCUUAUGGCGUCGUCCGUUGAAGACGAAUUCUCCAUCCUUGAUGAUAACCAAACAAACCCUAAUCACCAUGUCAUCCCCGAACCUUCCUCUUACGCUUCGAUCCACGCGCCACCGGACAAGAAGGAUGCUGAUGAAGAAUCCGAAUCCACCUUCGGCGGCAGAAGCUUUGGGAAGACAAACAACGCCACCGAUUCACGGAUCGAGAAGAGGAGAGACCAGGAUGAGUUGAACGACAGCGUUGCGAAGAGACCGAAGCAAUCGGCGGAGUACAGGAAGGACAGAGAAGAAUGGAACGAUUCGGCGAUCGAGUGCUUGCUCGAUGCUUACCUGGAGAAGUUGACGCAGCUGAACAGAGGGAACCUGAGGGGAAGGGACUGGGAGGAGGUGGCGUCUGCGGUGAGCGAGCGAUUGGAGAAGCAGAACAAGAGCGUGGAGCAGUGCAAGAACAAGGUCGACAAUUUGAAGAAAAGGUACAAGCUGGAGAGGCAUAGGAUGAGCGAAGGCGGUGUCUCAGCAAGCCACUGGCCGUGGUUCAAGAAGAUGGAGGAGAUUGUCGGGAAUUCGCUGCCGGCGAAGGCAGCAGCAGAUGAGGAAAAGCCCACUGCUUCCCCAGGAAGUUCAGUUAGGCCAUUGAAGAGAUGUACUUCAGUUAUUCAAAGCCCUGUUGUCCAGAUGACUAACUUGAAGUCAAAAAGUCCUAAAUGGAAAAGAGUAGUAUUCAAAAUAAGCGGUGCUGCUCUUGCUUGCAGUGGUCCUAACAAUGUUGACCCCAAGGUGGCAAUGCAGAUUGCAAGGGAAGUUGAAGUUGCUUGCCGCCUUGGUGUGCAGGUAGCAAUAGUUGUUGGAGGUCGUAAUUUCUUUAGUGGAGAAACAUGGGUGACUGCAACUGGUUUAGAUAGAAGUACCGCAUACCAAAUUGGAAUGAUGGCAACAGUGAUGAAUUCUAUACUGCUGCAAUCAUCACUGGAGAAAAUUGGUGUUCAAACCCGUGUUCAAACUGCAUUUCCAGUGCAAGAGGUUGCUGAACCAUACAAUCGGCAGCGGGCCAUCCGGCAUCUUGAAAAAGGCAGAGUUGUGAUUUUUGGUGGCAUUGGGGCUGGUGCUGGAAAUCCACUGUUUUCCACUGACACAGCUGCAGCUCUUCGAGCUUCAGAGAUUAAUGCUGAGGCAGUUCUUAAAGGUACCAAUGUUGAUGGUGUGUAUGACUGCCACUCCCAAGACAAUAAUGCUACAUUUGAACACAUCAGUUUUAGAGACCUCGUCUCUAAAGGUGCUACAUCCAUGGACACGAUGGCACUGACCUUCUGUGAAGAAAAUGGCAUUCCUGUCGUGGUCUUUAAUCUUCUUCAGCCAGGAAACAUCUCAAAAGCAUUAUGUGGAGAGCAAGUUGGUACACUGAUUGAUCAAACUGGAAGAUAAGAUGAUCAUUGGAAAUUCUGAUUUGAUGAAUUUAGUAGUAGUGACUAUAUAAAUGUAACAAGUGCACUACAAGUGUACACGUAGGCCGCAUUUCUUUUCCUGUUGAGGCAUCAAUGGCUCAAUGAUAUGCAUCUGAGAGAAUGGUGACUGUUUCUGAGCCCUCAGAUUUCGUUUCUUUUUUGAUGAUCUGCAUUCAGUGUGAUGCCAAAGUCUCUUGUAUUUGAAUAUUUAAGCUGCCAGAUAAUUGAUGCACUCUACUGAAAUAAUUUAUUAGGAAUACUAUAGAGGUAGAGGUGGGUCUGGAAAAGUACCCAUUGAGCAAGAUAUUCUGUAAAAAGUCUUCCCUAGCUGGAAAGUCAUUUAUCUAAAUGUACUUGUAUUCAACUGUUAAGAAUUUGUAUUCCUUUUCAUCUUGAGAUUGUAGUGACUGGGAAUACAAGUAUUGAUGCUGCUGGAAUGCAUCUGUCCGCUGUGUAGUGUUGAAACAGAAACAGCAGUUUAGUUGAUAGAUGAAUAAAUGAUAUUUAUUUAUAUGACUCCGUCAUACAUUCAUUAUGAAUUUGAUUUUUAAUUGUUUGAUAUAAAAUUCCCAUCCCAGCACAUGAGAUCAUGUCAUUUUGGGUACAUGUCAAGAUGUUAAAUGUUAGAGACGGUUCAAAAUUUUAGAUGGAUUAGCGAAGAUCAUCUCAUUC